AUGGGAAGAACCAGAAGAAGAAUAGUAGUGAAAAUAUUAUUUCUUUUAGUUUUAUUGCCUUUUAUACACGCACCACUUUGUUACGGUUUGUCUGAUGGCAGUGAUACCAGUUCAUCACAGGAUGAUAGUAGUUUCGGGGUCUUGACCCCAACACGCACAACCCGUACUCUAACCAUAACGCCAACGGAAUCUCUCUUUACUCCUACUUUAACUACGACAGAGACUGUUUCUCCCACAUAUUCUCCAACAAUUUCAUUAACACAUACACCUUCUAUUCUCAUAUCUGGUACACAAACAGUACGGUAUUCACCAACCAUUUCACCCACUCUUUCACUUACUCCAUCAUUAGAGGAGGUACCUGAUAAUAUGUAUACUCGAGCAGAAAGUUGUGGAAUUCAAUCAAUAAAUCAGUGUGCAGAACGAUUUUGUAAUUGUAUAACUAAAUCGCCAUAUAGAGAAAAUAGUUCUUUAUGGCAUCCUGGAAAUGGCGUCUACCGAUGUGAUGAGGAAGCAAAUAGAAACUGUUACUAUAUUCAGUAUUGUGUGCGUGAACGAGUUUCAUGUAUAUGGAAUGCUUCUUUUGAAUAUCAUAAGAAUCCUUCUCGUAUGGAACCUUAUCGUUAUCCUCUGGAAAUAUUUGGGAACACGGGGGACGCUGAUAAUGAUGGUAUAUGCCAUGGAAUGGAACAUAUUUACGGUAAUUUUAGUCAACUUUCAUCAGAUGUAAGUUACUAUGAUUCUUUAUUUUAUAGUGAAUGUGUAGAUUACGUGACAUAUAUUUUAAAAAGAACGGCUGGACUCCUUUGUAUUCCGAAAGCGGUCCCCAUGUAUUCAUGUGGUCCAUCAUUGUUUCCAGUCGCACCUACACGAUUUAGUAAUUACACUUCUAUUCCAAAAGGUUCACGUAGACUUGUGAUUUCUAUUAGAGCACGUAUUGUUGGUGAUUAUGCUGCCUUCUUCAAUGAGUCUGAAACCAUACAAGGUAAGGCUUCUGAAUACUGGUUAAGUGAAUUAAACAGUGGUAUGUAUAAAUCCUUUCAUAACGCCAUUGGUGUUGAUGGAGAGUUUGCCAUGGAAUACUCAGAUGAGUGUAUUACUGUACAUUACAACGUUGGAGUGGGAGAUGCAGAUCCAUGGGUGGGAGAUUUAGUCACCGCAAAUGCUCUUCGUUUAAUGUUACGUAAUGUCUCUUGGAUGGAAAAGGCUCAAGUGGUAUUGGAUGCGGCCCAUCGCACCUCAAACCUCACAGUUCCUAUUGUGGUCUACGGUGUAGGCUUUGAGGCUGGGACUGGACAACUUGAACAGAAACUCUGCGAUGGGAGUUGUGUGGCUGGUUUGACGUUUGCAAUGGUGAUGGCGUUAGUGGUGUUUUCUGUUUCUCUGAUGUUGUGCGUGCGACGUCCACAACCGAAGUAUUCGAUGAUUGAUAUCACAUAUGACUCGGAAGAGGAAAUGGAUAGUAUAAGUGAAAGACCACCCAUGAAGCGAUAA